AUGGCUCGUUUCAGCUUGUCUUUCCUUGCUCUCUGCUUCUUCCUGGCCCUUGUGGUCUCGGCGUUGCCCGCCAAGCCUGGCGACGAUGACUUGGAUGCUGGUGAUGCCGUUGCAGCAGCUCUCAGCGCUCUCAAGGCCUUUGAGAAGCUGGACCAGGAGAAGAACAACACCCCAGAAAAGGCCUCGCCUUCUCAUGGAGCCACUGUGAAGGAGGCAACCCCAACGUCGCAGCCCAUCCCAUCAGGCACUCGCACCACGGUGCAGACCCCCGCCUCUGCCAGCAGCUCUACCGCUGCUGCUCCGAAGAAAAAGCAGAGCAGCACUAACAUGCUCUCGCACAUUCCCAUCAUUGGCGGUGUGCUGGGAGGUGGUGAGGGUCUGGGAAGCCUUCUGCCAAGUCGGUAG